ACAUUUCCAUUGGAAAGGUUGACAUUUUUUAGCAUAACAUUACUCAGAACGUGUUGUCAUUUAAUUGUGAAUUGGUUUAUUUACAGAGACUUGAAAAAUUCGUCUCGGCCAAAAAAUGGAAUUAACACGUGAACAUUUUUGUACGAUAAUUUUUCACAACUUCCGACGCGGAUUAUCACGACAAGAUUGCAUUGAUGAACUUAAAUCUUUGUAUGGCGCUGAAGUUCCAUCCUAUAGCACUGUGAAAAACUGGUUUAAUGAAUUCAAUCGUGACCGACGCUCGCUCAACGACGAAUUCUGUGAAGGUCGUCCAAAAACGGUCUUUGUGCCAGAGAACAUUGAUGCCGUGCGUGAACUGAUAAUGUAAGAUCGUCAUGUGACAUACCGUGAGAUAGAGCAUGAACAUCUGGCCGUAAAAAAGGUUUGUUCUCGUUGGAUCCACAAUUUGACAAUCGCUCAAAAAAAGGCUCGUGUUGAUUGGUGCAAAGAAAUGUUGAAAAAAUACGUUCGCGGUGCUUCAAAAGAUGUUUCUAAGAUCGUCACAGGUGACGAAUCAUGGAUCUAUGCGUAUGAGCCCGAAACAAAACAACAAUCGACCGUGUAGGUCUUCGAAGACGAGCCAAAUCCAACGAAAGUUGUUCGUGGAAGAAGCACUUUGAAGCAAAUGGUCGCCUGUUUCUUCGGCAAAACUGGUCAAGUGGCGACUGUUCCGUCUGAGCAACGAAGGACGGUCACUUCAGAGUAGUACACCACAAUUUGUUCGCCUGAAGUCUUCGGAGAAAUUCGAAAAACGAACAAGAGAAGACGAACCAUUGUUCACCAUGACAACGCGAGCUCUUACACAUCGGCUUAA